AUGCACGGACCCGUUGAGAACCCUGUGGGCUGCCCGUCAACAGUGAGUGCUGGGGCCCCCCCGGAGCGCAUGGAUCAGCAAUCGAUUGCAGCCAGCCGUCCAAAUUUUUUUUUGGAGAUUCCCAAUCGCUAUCAAUCAACCAUCGCCGUCACCAUCGCAAAACCUCUUCGACCAAUUCACCCACCACCGCAAACAAUCGCCAAAAUGGGGUCUUCACGCUCCGGAGGGUCUUCCCUGUCCCUGAAAACGGGCAACAAAUUGAGACGCAAGCAAAUGUACAUCGAGGACAAGAAGAUCGCCAACAAGGCCCGUCACGAAGAGCGCCAUCGCCGCAGAAGAGAGGAGGCCAAGAACCCCGAAUUGAGAGAGGAAAGACUUGCCAAGAACCAGCCCGCGAGUAUUGACAAGAAGAGAGUGUGGGACGAUGUCGACGACGAUAGCUUGGGGGCACAGGUUGAUCUGGCAGCUUUGAAGCGCCGUCGCAUGGAACAGGCCGAGCUUGCCGCUGCUGCUGAGGCGGAUGCCGCGAUGAAGGAUGACGAGGAGGAAAAGGACGACGAGGAGGAAAAGGACGACGAUGCCGACAGCAUGUUGGAUUCCGACUCUGAAAACGACGGGGAAGACGACGAGGAGCGCGAGGAGAAGCUGCAGAGGAAACGGGCGCAAAGACAACCGAGCAUUGCCCCUUCGACGACAUCAACAAACCUUGAUUUGACACCAGAUUCUCUUACGCGGCAGUUCGAGCACCUCUUCAGCGAUGAACCUCCCCCGAUGCCCAAGAUUCUCGUCACCACCUCGCUCAACGCGACGAUACACAAGGAGGCCGAGGAGAUCGGCGCCAUCUUCCCCAACUCGACCUAUAUCAGGCGUAGCGGUCACCGCUGGGGUCACAAGUACAGCGUCAGGGAAAUUGCAAAGUUUGCAAAGACUCUCGUCGUCGUCCACGAGGACCUCAAGCGUCCCCACCAGAUGAGCAUCGUACACCUCAACAGCGAAGAUGCCGCGCCAGGACCUACCCUCACCUAUUCCAUCCGCAACUACCUCCCAGGAAAGUCUCUGUUGGGCCACGGCAACGCCACCAACCACUACCCCGAGCUGCUCCUCAACAACUUCAAGACACCGCUGGGUCUCCUCGCCGCCAAGUCGAUGAACACGCUUUUCCCAGCCAGACCUGAGUUGCAGGGCAGACAAGUCGUAACGCUGCACAACCAGCGCGAUUACAUUUUCUUCCGCCGUCAUCGUUAUGUCUUCCGUGAAGCUAGAGCCACGGAAAAGAAUGUCGUCACGGCAGAGGGCAAGGAGAUGGAGGGUAUGCAGGGCAUCCGUGCUGGUCUUCAGGAGAUUGGCCCGAGGAUGACGCUCAAGCUUCGUAGGGUUGAUAAGGGGAUCGGCAGGGCGGGGAGUGAGGGCGAGGGUGCGCUCAAGUGGGAGUGGAAGGCCAAGAUGGAGAAGAAGAGGACGCGCUUCAACUUGUAG